CCUUUUAUCUUUCUUCCUUUUUGAGGAGUGGCAUAUCCGAAAAGUGGAUGUUCAGGAUAACAUGUCCAAUGUGUCAGAAGAGAGAAGCACUAGACAACAGGACAUUAAGAAAGGACUCCAGUUUAUAGAAUCUACUUUGCCCUAUCCAGGGACGCAAGAACAAUAUGAGUUAUUUAUACGAGAGCUUGUUAGAAAUCUUUUUAAUGAAGGGAAUGAUGUAUAUCGAGAAGGUGAUUGGAGAAGAUCACUGAGUCACUAUACAGAAGCUAUAAACAUAGCUGAUUAUGCUAAUUCUGAAGAAAUCCAUGUUUCUGAUGAUAUUUUAGAGAAGCUGCAUGUGAACAGGAUAGCAUGUUUUUCAAAUAUGGGAUUGCAUGAAAAAGUUCUAGAAGACUGUGAGGUAGCAUUAAGAUUGAAUGAAAACAAUUUCAGAGCUCUCUAUCGGAAAGCAAAAGCUUUGAAUGAACUGGGAAGGUAUAAAAACGCUUAUGAUGCUGUAGCAAAAUGUUCUCUUGCUGUACCACAGGAUGAAAGUGUGAUUAAGCUUACCCAAGAACUAGCUCAAAAACUAGGGCUAAAAAUAAGGAAAGCGUAUGUAAGAGCAAAGCCACCCUCUUCAAAUUCAGUUUCUAGCGAUGUAUUUUUUUCUCACUUACAGAAUUCUUCUUCUGUAGAAGAUAUUGAGUUAGAUUUAUCUGACCAGAAGCAAGAGAUGGUUUCUGCUGCUUCUUCAUCAAACUUUGUUUCUGAAGUGUCUCUAGUGUCAUCAGUACCUGUACCAUCUUUAUCUUCUGUUUUGCCUCUUCAAGUGGAAAAGGUUUCUUUGCCUUCUGCCGUGUUGGCAAAUGGAGGGAAUGUUUCUUUCGCUAUGCCAGAAGCAUGUUUAGAUUGUGGGGAUGGAGAUAUAAUUAUUGGGGAAGAACUUGAUGAAUUACUUGAUUCUGUGCCUGAUCCAGAUGAAAGUGUGAUGCAAACUACAGGAGCCAGAGGACCUAUUCCAGCAGGAAGUGUAGCUCCUAGUGUAACUUUCUCUGCCUCUUUGUUGGGGACACUGCCAGUUAGUGCAGGAUUUAUUCCAUCACCUUCUCUUUCAGAAAUCUAUUCACAGCCUCUGACUUCUUCACUGGAAAAUUUUUGUUCGCCACUAAGCACCUUUUCAAUCAGUGACCCAAAAAGAGACCUCUCAAGUUCAGCUUCUAGGGAUGGAACACCAACACUUAGCAGCAGUAAUUCCCCAUUGUUUGUAAAUGGCCCGAGUAGUUUGUUUGGGUCAGAAAAUUACAUGGGAAUUGCAGGCCAAACUAGAAAUGACUUUUCAAAUGUUUUUAGCAGUGCAACUGCUAGCAUACCUGUAUCUUCAGCACUUGUGGGAAGAAACCCAUUAGAAGGCACACAUGAGCUAAGACAGGCCUGCCAGUUAUGUUUUGUCAAAAAAGGUCCUAAACUAUUGGAUUAUGCUUACCAUCCCGGUUUAGAACAUAAAUGUAAGAAGGAUAUUCUAAUUGGCAGAAUAAAAAACUCUGAAGAUAAAUCAUGGAAAAAAAUACGUCCAAGACCAACAAAGACACAGUAUGUGGGACCAUAUUAUAUAUGUAAAGAUGUUGCUGCUGAAGAGGAGUGCAGAUAUCCAGGUCACUGCACGUUUGCAUAUUGUCAAGAGGAGAUAGAUGUGUGGACACUGGAGCGCAAAGGAGCCUUUAGUCGAGAAGCUCUUUUUGGAGGAAAUGGAAAGGUCAACUUGACUGUGUCCCGGCUUCUUCAAGAACAUCAUGGAUUAUUUAUGUUUCUUUGUGAGAAAUGUUUUGAUCAUAAACCCAGAAUCAUAAGCAAAAGGAACAAGGAUAACUCCUCAUCUUGUUCUCACCCUGCUAUGCAUGACUUUGAAGAUAACAAGUGCCUUGUCCACAUUUUGCGAGAAACUAUGGUGAAAUAUUCCAAAAUCCGCCCUUUUCAAGUUCGAUGUCAACUUGACCUAUGCAGACAUGAGGUGCACUAUGGCUGCUUACGAGAGGAUAAAUGCUUUUAUGCUCACAGCCUGGUAGAGCUUAAAGUCUGGAUAAUGCAAAAGGAAACAGGUAUUUCACAUGAUACCAUUGUUCAAGAAUCAAAGAAGUACUGGCAGAACAUGGAGGCUAGUGCACAUGGAUCACAGAUCCUUGGGAACCAAAUGAAAUGUGGAUCACUUAAUUUGAAGAUGAAGUUUGUUUGUGGUCAGUGCUGGAGAAAUGGUCAAGUUAAUGAGCCAGACAGAAACAAAAAAUACUGUAGUGCAAAGGCAAGACACCCAUGGACCAAAGAUCGCCGUGUUGUGCUAGUAAUGUCUAAUGAACGUAAGAAGUGGAUGACCAUUCGUCCUCUUCCUGCAAAGAAACAAGUGCCUCUGCAAUUUGAUUUAUGCAAUCAUAUUGCUUCAGGCAAGAAAUGUCAGUAUGAUGGAAACUGCUCAUUUGCUCACAGUCCUGAGGAAAGGGAGAUGUGGACCUAUAUGAAGGAGAACAGCAUUCAAGACUUGGAGCAGUUGUAUGACAUAUGGCUAAAAAGUCAAAAACCAGAAAAAGGAGAUGAUACAUCUGCUCAGGCAAACAAAGAAAAUGGGAAGCAAAUUCACAUGCCGACUGACUAUGCUGAAGUUACAGUGGAUUUUCACUGUUGGAUGUGUGGGAAGAACUGUAAUAGUGAGAAGCAAUGGCAGGGUCACAUUUCUUCUGAGAAGCAUAAAGAGAAGGUUUUUCACACUGAGGACGAUCAAAACUGCUGGCAGUAUCGCUUUCCAACUGGAUAUUUUAGCCUUUGUGAUAGAUAUAUGGCUGGUACUUGCACUGAAGGAAACAACUGUAAAUUUGCCCAUGGAAAUGCUGAACUCCAUGAGUGGGAAGAACGAAGACAAGUUUUAAGAAUGAAGCUCAGCAAAGCAAGAAAAGACCACUUGAUUGCUCCCAGUGAUAAUGACUUUGGAAAAUAUAGUUUUUUGUUUAAAGAUUUAAACUAAUACUGAGAUGACACAUACAUGUUAUCAGCUGGAAGCAUAAACCAGAAAAUUUGACAAUAAUUAAAAGCAUGUGACAGAAAAGCUGCAGGUUUUCUGCUUUUAUUGGCAUAUAUUGUUCCUCCUGAACAGCAAAAUAUAGUAGAUUUAGGGGGAUUGAGCAGACCUGUCUAUGCUCUCAUGAAACAGAGUGGUGAUUAAAAAAAAUCAGAGGUAUUAUGUGCUUACUCACCUUCUGUUGGACAGAAAGUUAGGAAAUAGAAGGGGGGAAAGAGAGGUUAUAAUGUCUAGGAAGCCCCCUGGUAUCAAGUCCUUCAGUUGAAAAACUUCCAGGUAUCAAGGUAUUACAAAACAAGAGUGUUAUGGGCUAAGAAGAAAAUGAUGGAUGAAAAUUCUUCAGAUCUUUUAAUGGAGAGGAUUUGUUUAAAACAAAGUUUGCUACUUAUCUAUAUGUAGGUUGCUAAAAAGGAUUUUCUUAUUAAAGAUUUUAAACAAAAUAACCAUUUAACUACACUAUAUGUUGAAUGGGUAUUUUUUCUCUAUUUGUAUGUUUCACUAUAAUUUACUGAAAAAGGAUCUUGGGAGGAAAAAAGUAUUAAUUUUUGAAAAUGAAGUAGUUAAAAUUCUGUUUCUUGGUCUUUGCUGUUUAAAUGAUGAUUUUGGAAGAUUACACUUGUAUGUCAGUAUUGUGUAUUAUUGUAUGGACUAAUGUUGCCUGUAAUAAAGAGAACUUUACACAAAUCUGUUUUCUGCAUGUAGCCUCUCAGGACUGAGAUUUUGUAAAAACAAAUAAACAAUGAUUUGCCUAUUAGCAAAAUUAGCUAAAACUGUAAUAAGUUGGUAUUUGUGUCCAGCUGCUUGUUGGCAGUUUUCUGUAUUGUCAUUAGCUGAUCGCAUCACUAAAAUAACAAAAGUGGUCAACUAACUUGUGACGUAGGCAAGCGUUUUGGAACUGUGGGGUGCUGGGACAUGUCUUCAGCCUUUUGACUUGGACGUGAACCACCACCUGAGCUGCAAGGUGGAUGGUACUUCAGAUACCAUUUCCUGCAGACCCCAA